GUGUUUGUCCCUCUAGCGGUCACUCCCGGUCACUGUCUCUUUAACGUGGCUGCGCUUCACAGUUUGACUCGCACUUUCACGCAAGCAGAUGUCUUUGAGGUGUUACACACAAACAGUCGACUUGAAUAGGGAUAUACCUUUCUCACCCGACAUUACAGUUGAUGGAUUUAGCAGGGAGGAUGAAGGUGUCUGGAAUGUGAGGGGCGCUGCGGUCGAGGUCUCAGGUGAAAAGCUGGAGCGCAAGAAGAGACAGGAAGAUGGAGCAGGCUCAUAGUUUAUUGCUGAACGAGGAAGCCUGCAAUCAGCUAAAGGAGCACCAGAGGGCUGAGUUUGUCUUCGAGUGGCUGCGUUUCCUCAAGAAAAUACUCCCUGCCACAGACCGGGCCAAUGUGAAACAGAACCAGAAGCACCUGUUGGAGCAGCUGACGACGGUACUGACGAGUUCUCCUGGCCCCCCGACGCGAUUGCUGCUGGCACAAUGUCUGGCGCUGGUGUACCGAGUGGGCGACUCCCUCACAUCCAGCCUCACUGUGGACCGCUGCAAUGACAUCAUCCGUAGCAAGGAUGACUCGCCCAGCUUCCUGCCUACAAGACUGGCAGCCGUGGCCUGUUUGGGUGUGCUGUAUGAGCAACUGGGUCGACUGCUCAUCAACUCGUUUAAAGAAACCAUGGCAAACCUUCUGAAAGCAAUGAAGAGCGCAGAGUCUCAGGGCCGCUGUGAGAUCAUGCUGUGUAUUGAGAGGAUUCUGAAGGGUUUAGGUGUGAGUGCUGUGUCCUGUCACAGAGACAUCUAUAAAGCUGCUCGCCCAUGUCUCACCGACCGCUCCAUGGGUGUGCGCUGUGCUGCCACAAAGUGUCUUCUGGAGCUCCAGAGAGAGGCUGUCUUCCUGUGGUCCACAGAGCUGGAGAAUGUGGCCACUCAUUGUUUCCGGGCCUUCGAGGGCUCAAACUAUGAUGUCCGAGUCGCUGUCUCAAAACUGCUUGGCACUUUAUUAGCAUCGGCACUGGAGCCCAGACAGGCCAUAGCUCCGAGGCCAGGCUCCAAGCGCAACUCCCUGGAGGAGGUGAUGGAGCUGCUGAGUUCUGGUUUCCUGCGGGGUGGAGCCGGCUUCCUGCGGGCCAGUGGAGACAUGUUGAAAGGAACCAGCUCAGUCAGCAGAGACGUGCGCGUGGGCAUCACACAGACAUGUGUGGUGUUUGUGUCCAUUCUGGGUGGCGCAUGGCUGGAGAAUCACUUCUCCUGUCUUCUUUCUCUUCUCAUGGUGUGGGUGUCUCACGCACGGGUGACGCAAUACCCAGCAGAUGCUGUGUCCUGCCGCUGCUGUGUCUCCUUCAUACUGCGGGCCACUGUUGGCACUUUGCUGGGGGAGAAGGCCCAAAUCGCAGCUGCCAAAGAGAUCUGUCAAUUGAUCAGCAAACAGAAGAGGGUUGUGGAUGCUGCUCUUCAUGAGGGGAACAUGGAGACACGUGUGAGCCCUGCGGAAGUCGCAGCUAGUCAGCAUGUGCUUGUGUGUGCACUCUUUGAGCUGGGCAGUCUGCUACAGGACUUGAGCUCCACUGCCGCCCCACUGCUGCAGGACACCAGCAUAGGAAUGUUGGACACUGUGAUCUCUGUUCUUCUUCACCCCAGCGCAUCUGCUCGGCUGGCCGCCGCCUGGUGCCUGCGGUGUGUUGCCGUAGGGAUGCCUGCUCAGGUGGCAGUGUUGCUAGACCGCUGUGCAGAGAGGCUAAAUGCCCUGAAGUCAUGCCCAGAGGCUGUGGCAGGGUACAGUGCUGCCCGCCAUCUGGAGCCAAUACAGCUCUGUCCGCUAGGAGUAUCACACUCCUAAGGGCAAGGUAAGAUGGUGAUGACCUUGGCAGAAGAUCUGCUGCGCUCUGCAACUCAGAACAGCAGAAUCUCCAUCCAACGCACUCGAGGAUGUUGGCUGCUGCUCAGUGCCCUCUCCACACUGGGACCGACUGUAAUGGAGCAUCACUUACCUCGAUUGCUGUUGCUAUGGAAAUGUGCCUUCCCACUGUCUGUGAGGGAUGUGGAGAAUGAGCUGCGGCGUGGAGACUCUUUCACCUGGCAGGUGACCCUGGAGGGGCGAGCAGGAGCACUGUGCGCAAUGAAGAGUCUGGUGGUGCACUGCAAAGACCUGCUGACCGAUGAUGUCUUAAGUCGUUUGUUUCCUCUCUUGUCCUGUGCAGUGGCCCUGCUCAAUCAGCUGCCCUCUCUCAUUAAAUCCUAUGGAAACCAGAUCAAAAAUGCAGCCACUGUCUUUAGAUUGAGAGUGUAUGAGAUCCUCACAAUGCUUCAGCCUAAAAGAUAUGAAGAGAGCUUUGGCAUGGUGUUGAAGCAGCUGCUGAACGAUCUGACCGGGCCAGAAAUCACAACAUGUGCUGAGCUGAACCUGCUGCCCUCUCUGUGCUACAGACAAGACCUGGCACUGCUGGGCCCUGCACUGCAGGAUGUGGAUCAGCACUACAUAGAGGAACAGCUCCAUUGUGGUGGUUCAGGAGGUGGGACAUUAGAAUAUGACCCAUUUACCAUCUUUGAGAAAGCCCAGGAUGUUCCUACCCCCCUCCCUCCAGGCUCUGCUUUAGCAGCAGCAGCUGUCCAGCUGUUUGGGGUGAUUUUCCCCCACCUAGGAAUUCAGCAGAAGGCUCAGAUCCUAGAGCAGUUCUGUGAGUUUGUGCGUCAGCUCAAAGGAGCCCGGCAGCAGACUGUUCAAAUCCAUGUAGCUGCUGCUUUCUGCUGCACUUUGAAGUGUUUGGCAUCAAGUCGGAGGGAACUGGGGUCAGAGGAGGUUCAAAGACCAGCACUGUCUCUCCUAUUAGGGGCGCUAGAGGGCCCAAACCCUCUCUUGCGCUGCAUGGCUGCGGAGGGUUUAGCCAGGCUUGUGCAAGUUCUUAAUGACCCCAAUUUCACCGUUUCCAUCACACUUAUGAGCUUUGACAAACUGAAGACAGCGAGGGAUGCCAUCACACGCACAGGUCAUGCUUUGGCACUCGGCGCUGUAUACCGUUACCUGGGUGGGAUAAGCUCCCCUCAGUACCUUAGUACCUGCGUUGGGGUCCUGUUCACCCUGUCCCAGGACAGCACCUCACCUGAAGUUCAGAUGUGGGCUCUCCACGCUCUUUCCGUGGUUGUGGAUCUAGCUGGUCCUUUGUACCACAGUCACUUGGAGGCUAGUUUUAAUCUGGUGCUACGUUUGCUGCUCUCAACGCCACACACACAUGUGGAGGUACAGCAAAGCUUGGGUCGCUGCUUUAAUGCCCUCAUCACCUCCAUGGGGCCGGAUCUGCAAGGUGAGGGUGCAGGUGUGUGUGCAGUGAGGACCUCGUGUUUGGUGGGCUGUGCUGUGAUGCAGGACAGUCAGGACUGUCUGGUCCAGGCCCAGGCGAUCUCUUGCCUCCAGCAGCUGCACGUUGCGCCAGGCUUUGUCAAUCUGGCCAGCCUGGUCCCCAGCCUCUGUAUAAACCUGUGCAGUUCGUACCUGUCUCUGAGGCGUGCGGUUGUGGCCUGCCUGAGACAGCUGGCUCAGAGGGAAGCAGUGGAGGUAUCGGAGCACGCAGUUGCUCUGGUUAAAGAGCUACCACGCAGAGACAACACACAAUUGGAUGUCACUAUUAAGGAGGUGGGAUUGGAGGGAGCUUUGUUCAGUCUGCUGGACAGGGAGUCUGACCCGUGCCUGUGCCGAGACAUUCAGGAGACGCUAGUCCACAUGAUGAGCUCGGCUGCUGAGAGUAACCUGGCCCACUGGCUGAAACUCUGCAAAGACGUGCUCUCUGCCUCUGCAGACUCCGCUGCAGCUGCUGCUGUAGAAACACAACAGGAGGAGGAUGGAGAUCGAUAUGAUGACUCCUCUGCAUUCCACGCAAAGUCUGAAUCCAGCGGCCCCUUCAGUAACCUGCGCUGGUCCACUCGUGUGUUUUCCAUGGAGUGUGUGUGUCGUAUAAUAGCACAGUGUGAGAACGGAAACAGUGCUCACUUCAACAUGGCACUUGCUCAAGAACAGCAUUUACAUGAAUCUGCAGAUUUCCUGGUUCUCCACUUGGCGGACCUCAUCCGCAUGGCGUUCAUGGCAGCAACAGACCACAGCGAUCAGCUCCGACUGGCUGGUUUACAAACACUGCUGGUCAUUAUCCGGAAAUUCUCCAAUGUGCCAGAGCCUGAGUUCCCUGGACAUGUCAUUCUGGAACAGUAUCAAGCCAAUGUUGGAGCUGCACUCAGACCUGCCUUCCAUGUGGACGCCCCUCCGAAUGUGACUGCCAAAGCCUGCCAGGUUUGCAGUGCAUGGAUCGCCAGUGGGGUCAUCAGCGACCUGCGUGACCUGAGAAGGGUACAUCAGCUUCUGGCUUCCUCUCUCGCCAAAGUUCAGGUGGGGAGAGAAGUUUCCAGUCAGCUCUAUAAUGAAAGCACCUUCACCAUGGAGACGCUGGCUGUGCUCAAAGCCUGGGCAGAGGUGUAUAUCACAGCGGUACAGGGCUCCAGGCAGAGAGAGAGUCCAGGCAGCCUUCUUCAGCAGCAGAAUGAUGAGGCUGGGACUACAGGUCCAGCAGGGGCUGGUUUGCUCAAACUGGUCCAGACUGAUCUUGCAACCCUGAGCCGCCUGUGGCUGGCUGCCCUUCAGGACCAUGCCCUGCUACCCCUGCCCUCACAAUACUCCAGUCAACUCCCCUCCACAGGUGGCUCAUUUUACACUGCAGAGACGGUGGAACAGGCCCGUCCACAUUAUUACAGUGCCUGGGCUACCAUUCUCCACGCUACUGCUCUCUGGCUCAACAGCACUGGAUUCAUCAUGGUGGACGAGGGACCUGCCAACCUCUCCAGACCGGUCACACCCACCUCCAUGGGCCAGUCUACCUCACUGAGUAGUGUCAAAUCUCCAGAAGACGUCAACACUGACCGCCUCCACCUAAUCCUGGGAAUCAGUGUGGAGUUUUUGUGUUCUCCUCACUCUGGAGACCAAAUGGAAAACAUCGAUUCUUGUCUUCAGGCUCUGCAGGCCUUAUUGGAGGUGCCUUGGCCCCGUUCCAAAGUGGGCAAUGAUCAGGCUCUGGGUGUGGAGAUGCUCAGCGUUCUACACAGGCUCAUAGUCACUCGGGAAUCUCCCAACAUUCAACUGGCUGUGCUGGAACUGGUGCGACAGAUUGUUUGUGCUGCUCAGGAGCAUGUCAAAGAGAAACGCCACAGUGCAGAGGCUGAUGAUGGUGCAGCAGAGAAGGAAACUGUUCCUGAGUUUGGUGAGGGGCGGGACACUGGCGGCCUGGUGCCGGGGAAGUCUCUUGUUUUUGGAGCACUGGAGCUGUGUCUCUGCACACUUGUGAGAAAGCUUCCGCAGCUCAGCCCCAAACUGGCUGGCAGCCCCACUGGGCGGGGAGGGCAGACCUGCUCCCUCAGCAACACUGACUGUAGACUCGUCACAUCUGCUCUGGUCAUCCUCUCAGAACUGCCCUCCAUCUGUUCACCAGAGGGGUAGGAGGCAGGUGUGUCAGUGCUGCCCACAGUGCUCUAUCUGCUGCUGGGGGUGUUGAGAGAGGCGGUGAAGGGCUCUGUUGGAGCAGAGAGUGGACAGCUGGUACCAGGCAUCCUGCAGGCCUUGCGCACUGUUCUCACCUCUCCCAUGAGCAGAGCUGAGAAGAGUCGUGGGGCCUGGACUGAACUGCUGCGAUGUGCACUGCACACGCUCUGGAGUCUUGGCACACAGGUAGUGCUCUAUCUCUGUCAUCAACCACACUCUGUCUUAGAUGAGGUCACCAUGUUGACAUCUCUCACCAUCUUCCUGCUGUACGCCAGUGCUGACGUGACCACAGUGGAGCCCCUGCAGACACGCUGCAUCCAGACAUUCAGAGCCAGUCUGGAAUCGAAGGACCCCGUGGUGCUGAGCAGAAGUUAUCAGUUGCUGGUAUCUUUAUUCCAAGGUCCAGCACCAGUAGCCAGGCCAUUUAUUCUAGCUCUGGGUGGAUGUCUGGUGUCACAACUGCAGGAGGUUGAAAAGAGUCGUCCGCAAGGCCCAGCAGAGCUACAGGCCGUGCAAGAUGCAAUCCGAGCCCUGGAAGCACUGGUGUUUGCUGCUGAUGAAACUCACUGUCCACAACUGGUGGCUGUGCUGUUGCCCAUCCUCAUCUCUCUCCUGCUAGAUGAGAAUGCUUUGGCAUCGGCUCCGGCAGCCUCUCGCUCACUGCACGAGUUUGCCUUGGGAGACCUCAUGCGCAUCGGCCCCCAGCACUCGGCUGUCUUCAGAGCGCUGAUGGCCUCCGCCCCGCACAUGAAAGCCAGGCUGGAGGCAGCCGUCAAGGGCAACCAGGAGAGCAUGAACACUAAGGCACAAACAACUCGGGUCAUUAGCAAAAACACGCCAAGCAUUCAACUGAAGAUCAAUUUCCUGUGAAUCCUCCUGACUGGAU